AUGUCUCUGCCCCCUGCCUCUACAAUCCCCGUCACUGAUGGCAACAAGACUGGACCUCCUCCCCCUCCUCCUCCCCCUUGCGGCCCUCCUCCCCCACCCCCUCCACCCGGCGCUGGAGACCCCGUAGGAGGGAUAAGGAAGAGGAGGGUCCGGAGCUUCUUCUGGAAACCCAUACCUGAAGACCAGGUGAGUUACACUCUGUUCUUAUACCAGUAGACACACCGCCAGUUACAUUCAACGCCCCCAGACACACCGCCAGUUAUAUUCAACACCCCAGACCCACCGCCAGUUAUAUUCAACGCCCCAGACCCACCGCCAGUUAUAUUCAACGCCCCAGACACACCGCCAGUUAUAUUCAACGCCCCAGACACACCGCCAGUUAUAUUCAACGCCCCAGACACACCGCCAGUUACAUUAUAAACCAGUGAUAUGUAGACUUGUGUGCUGUCACCUGCGUGUUACUGCUGGAGUGAAACGUGCUUUUAUAAGCCCAGUCAUUGCGCAACAAUUCUAAAUGCAGUCGCGUAUUGAAAACAGUUUUGAUGGCCACGAUUUAAAAAGAGAUACUAUUUUUAUUUCUCAACUGGUAAUUGAAUCAUUACAGUUGUUGGCUAGCGAAUUUGAGCCAUGUUAGCAUAGACGUGACAUCAGUCAAAACCCCUCAAAACAAGACAUAGUAUCAAGAACAAGAUAAAACAAGGCAACAGUAAACAAGUCGUCCCCCACGAAUGCACAGUCCUAGUCAUAUUAGCAUCCAUCCUAGUUGUUGCUAUUAGAUUCCCCCUCUUUCUAAGUUUCUAACAGAGAUUUUAAUCUCUGUCACAUAUGGAACCGCUAUCAUCAGGUGUUUUUAGAAUGGUGUUAACCCGCCGAUUGCAUUUCGGCUAAUGUUUAUUAAAAUGAAAGUUUUAUUGGCUGGUUCAUUACUGUUAAGAGGAAUUUCCUUAAUCUAAAUGUAAAUUCUGUCAUUCUGAGCACCGUGGGUGGACGCACCGUGGGUGGACGCACCGUGGGCGGACGCCCUAAUGGGUCCAUUUCUCUAAUGGUCGGACAAUUUAAACCGUCCCGGUCACUUUGUCCGUUGAUACCCACACCUUAACAAACCCCCCCCCUCCCCCAAGCGCGCGCACACACACACACACACACACUCUAACACAUACUGCUAUGCAGCGGUCUUGGGGUGAAGGGGUUGGCUGUUACCCCCAAAAGGCAUCAGCAUGCUUCAGUUUGACGAACUGAACGAGCGUGCUCCAUACUCCCUUUAAAAAAAACGUACACUUGAAAAACUAGAAAAAAAGCAGCAAUAGUACUGUUUUUUGUUCUUCAUUUUGAGACGCCGUAGCCAGUAUACACUUCCUCAACAUAAUCUUAAUUAAUCUAAGAUAACUCAAGAAAUCUGUAAUUCAUUUUGACGUUUUUUUGCCCGAGGAGAUCUUAGUCAUGCAAUUUUUUACAUCCGAGAUGUCUGGUGCAGUAAAAAACGUAUAUACACGAAAACGAGUCGUCUCUCGUCGAAUGACAACGAAGACUUAAUUGAAGGAUCCCCUACUGUUGACCAAUCAGCGAUGAAGGGGCGUAGACUUCGCCCACCGACAAAACAAACAAUACACGAAGCAUUAAGUGUUUGUUCUGGGAUGCCUCUAACAUAUGGCUGCUAUGUAACGGUCUCCAGGUGAAGGGGCGGGCCAACCUGUGGACACAGCUUCCUGUGCAGCAGCAGGAGUACUACAUUGACGUCCAGACCAUCGAGGAGCUGUUUGGUCAGACGGACUGUCAAUCACCUGGGGUUACCUCGGUGACUAGGGGGGGGAAGGCCCGAGGCUCCCUCAGAGAGACCAAAGAUGAGGUGAGGAGGAGAGGAGAGGAGAGGACACACCCACACCCUUAUGGCCAAUGA